GACGAAAAUUACUCGGCGGAGCUGCGCAACGCCUCCGCCGUGAUGAAAAACCAAGUAGCAAGAUUUAACGACCUCAGAUUUGUUGGGAGAAGCGGCAGGGGAAAAAGCUUCACCCUGACCAUCACCGUGUUCACCAGCCCUACCCAAGUCGCUACCUAUCACCGAGCCAUAAAAGUGACCGUAGACGGACCCCGGGAGCCACGAAGGCACAGACAAAAGCUAGAAGACCAAGCCAAACCCUUCACCGAUCGCUACGGGGAGCUGGAACGGCUGCGCCAGUCCAUGAGAGUCACCCCGACGACACCCAACCCCCGUGGAUCCCUCAGCACCCCAAGCCACUUCGGGUCCCAGGCUCAAACUCCAAUACAAG